AUGGAAGGAAAUCGACUAUUAAUUCCUAAUCCGUAAGAUUCUUAUGACAAUUCGAACCAAAUAUUAGGUUUUUCAAAUAACUCUGUGCCCCCUAACUAUGAAGAGUUAUUUUGAGGGGGCUCAGAAUUACUUGAACAAUUAAAUGUAAACUUAGAAAAGAAUUUUAAAACGGAAAAUAUUGUUCAACAGUCGAUUGAACAUCAAAAAAUGUCAGUUUUUAACUGUUUGGACUUGAUUCGUGAGUCGGAUAUUAAUCAUGAUGGGGUUACUAAUUUUAUUUUUAAAAAAUGAGGAAAUUGUUUCCAUUUUGAUGUUAUUUUAAUCUGUUCUUUGAAAUAUCAACCUUAUUUUUGUUGAAAAAUUAGUUUUGAUAGGUUGUUUGACCGUCUUUUUUAGACCAAAAAUGUUUUUUAAAUGUUUGCACUAUGCAGAGCUUUCAGUUUGGGCUGCACAGUGCAAAGAUUUUAUUUGAUUGCACUGUGCAUAGCUCAUUUGGUUGCACCGUGCAAGGGUUUUAACGAUUACGCAAUUGCACAGUGAAUGCCAAUAAGAGACCGCACAGUGCAGCGAAUAAAUGACUGCACUGUGCACGCUUUUAUUCGAUUGCACUGCAGUCAUUUAAUUGGUUGCACUGUGCAAAACAAAUAUUUUUUGAAAAUUAAGGUAUUUUAAAAAAAUUAUGGGUUUUUUAAUUAAAAAAUAUUUUAGAAUGUCCAGUUCAGAAGACUUGUCGCAAGAAAAUUCAGAAGUUGGCUAUGAAAUCAUGGACAGUAUCAAUAUUGGGUAUCGGGCGGCUAUGAAUCAGGUAUGUGUAAAAAGUUCAUGCUUUUUUUGUAAAGAAAGUUUUGGUUUUUUAUGACUUGUAAAGAAAGUUAUUGCCAUUUUUUGUUUUGUAAAGAAAAUUCUUGCCAUUUUUUGCUCUGUAAACAAAGUUCUUGCUAUUUUUAAUUUUUUGAAAAUUAAGUUGUAAACAAAAUUUUCGCCAUUUCCAGAAGGAUUUCGAUGACUUUUACCACUACAAUAAGCCAGAACACAAGCACAACGAGUUCAUGCGACGCUCGGCCAAGAUCCUAAGGCAAUAUAAGCGGCCGUUCAGGUCGCCGAGGCGCUUUUUCUCUACAAUGUUGGGAUUUUUCCCAUUUUUCGAAUGGAUUCCAAAGUACAAAUGGAAACAGAAUCUGGGAUUCGACUUCACUGCUGGCUGUACAUUGGCUGUUAUGCAUAUUCCACAGGGUAAGCUAGGGCUUUAGCCUAUUAGGUUGUUUAAUAGGGACGUCGCUGGAGGGAGGGAGAUGGAUUUACUCCAUGGCGAUGUUCCUGUUUGUUCAUAUAAUUCUGUGCUUCUUCCCAAAGAAGAUUUUAGGGGUUAAGGGCUCAGAAUUAAUUGAACAAAUUAUUAAAAAUGGAGGUUUUACUUAAAGUGUGAACUUUCCAAGCUAAAAUACCUUAUAGCUCAGGCUUUUCCCUGAGCUAUAAAGAAAGUUUUUGCGUUUGCAAAGACUCGGCAACAAAAUAUCCGAGCUUUUUAGGUAACAUUUUCUAAAAUUCAAGGUUUUGUUUAGGCUUAAAAUGAUAUUUUUCUUAAUAUUUUGGCAAAUUACGGCAAGUUUGUAAGGUUUUUGGGCUUGUAAAUAAAGUUUUUGCACAUUUUUGAAAAUUUUUUUAUAAAAUUGGUACUGCACUUUUAUUUUAUGACUCUUUUCUUUGUUUUACACAAAUAAUAUUUUAAAUUUUAAUGCGUUUUUAGGCUUAAAUGAUUUUUUUGGAAGUUUUUGGCUGGUUUCUUAGAGUUUUUGGGCUUGUAAACAAAGUUUUUGUCUAUUUUCAGUAUAUUUUUUAAAAAAUCAUUAUUAAUUUUAAAAUUCUCAAGUAUUCCCUUUUAUUUUUCAAAAAAAAAUUUUAAAAACUUUAAUUUCAGGCAUAGCCUACGCGGUGUUAGCUGGUCUACCCCCAAUCUCCGGCCUAUAUUUAUCACUAUUUGCACCCUUACUAUACUUAAUAUUCGGAACGACGAGGCAAAACUCACUUGGAACAUUUGCUGUGAUCUCAUUAAUGACUCGAAAUACAUUGGAAGCGUUCCCCGACCAGGAUCGAUUGGAAUUGGCAUCGACGUUGUCGUUGACUGUGGGGAUUGUUCAUGUAAGAUAAUAUUUUGAUGUAUAACUAAUUGAAUGUUGGUUUGAUAAUGGUAAAAAUGGCUUGUAAAGUUACUGUUGGCAUUGGAAUUGUAUUUGUAAUAGAAUUUUAAAAAAUUUUUAUUUUGACAUGUUUCAUCGUAUAACAUGUCAAUUUUAUUGUUUCUAUAGCUUUGGAAUGGGCUAAAAUAGAAAAAUAUGGUUUUCUGAGACAAUUGGUACUAUAGAAACUUGAAUUUAGUACUAAUUUUGAAAUUUUUUGUGUUGGACAUGUUUCAUCGUAUAACAUGUCACUUUUUUAAAACUUUUGGUUCUUUAAUAACAUAAAUGGACUAAAAAUGCUAUUUUUAGCUAUCAAUGGCAAUAUUCCGCUUAGACAUCCUAACCACGUAUUUCUCCGACGCAGUGAUAGGUGGCUUUUCCACGGGCGCAGCCUGCCACGUACUAGUCAGUCAAAUACGAAACUACUUUGGAAUCCCGAAACAACCACCUCAUCAUGGACUAGGAAUGUUGUUUCUAAAGCUUCGGGACCUGGUACUAAAUGCAGACAAGGCUAAUGUCACGACCAUCACCUUGGCUACAGUAUGCUUGAUCAUACUGGUCGUGGGCAAGUUCUACAUCAACCCAUUCUUGAAAAGACGGUACAACUUGAAUGUACCUGUGCCAUUUGAACUUAUGAUUGUAAGUGGAGACAUGACUUUUGAUUUGUGGAGGGGGAAAGAAAGUUAUGACGGUGGUUUGAAAAUUGGAAGAUUUUCAGUGCAAAUUACAUUAGAAAUCUACCACUUUUUAAAACGGUCGAUUUUAGGUGUUUUUAGGGUAUUUUUGAAAAUUUUUUGAAUUGUAAAGAAAGCUCUUGCGAUUUUAGACUUUGUAAAGAAAAUUUUUGCCAUUUCCUGUUUUGUAAAGAAAGUUAUUGUGGUUUUUCUAUUACUAUGUUUCAGUUAAUCGCUGGAGCCGCGGUUUCAAAGCUUUUGGACUUUAAAGGAGGAUAUAACAUGGCUGUCGUUGGGGAAUUACCGUCAGAGUAAGUAUAAUAUUAGAAAAAGUGAAUUUUUAGUUUUUGUAUAGAAAGUUCUUGCUGUUUAUUUUUUUUGUAAAGAAAGUUUUGCCGUUUUUUGUUUUGUAAAGGAAGUUUAUGUCAUUUUGACAUUUGGAAAGGAAGUUCUUGCAUUUUUUUAUUUGUAAAAAAAGUUUUUGCCAUUUCUUGUUUUGUAAAGAAAGUUUUUGCCAUUUUCAGUUUACCCCACCCAAAAUGGCCGAACCCCACCCUCAUUCCCGAACUCAUACCUCACGCCAUCAGUAUAGCGGCAGUGGUGGCGGCUAUUCACAUUUCAUUGGGUAAAAUGCUAUCAAAACGGCUGGACUAUCCAAUUGACACUUCUCAAGAGCUGUAUGCUCUAGGCUUUGUCACCUCCUUAUCAUCCAUCUUUCCAAUUUACCCCACGGCCUGCUCGUUGAGUCGAACGGUGGUUAGUGCUGAUGUUGGAGCUAAAACACAGGUAAGGGCAAGGUUUAUAUGAUAUUUUUAAAAAUUUUAAAAAAUUUUUUGACAAGCAUGUUUCAUCGUAUAACAUGUCACUUUUUUGAUUUUGUGCGUUUAAAAGGUGAUUAAAAGUGAAAAAAUGGGUUUUUAAGGUGUUUAGUACUAUACUAGGCUAUAUUUUACAUUAUUUUUAAAAAAUGUUGCGGCGGACAUGUUUCAUCAUAUAAGAUGUCACUUUUUUUGAUUUCAUGGGCUUUAAAGAAGAUUCAAAGUGAAAAAAUGAUUUUCUUGAGUAUUGAGAAGCCAACUUGACAGGUUUUUACAUUGUUUCCAAAAAUUUUUUUUGGCGGACAUGUUUCUUCGUAUAAGGUGUCACUUUUUUGUUUAUAUGGGUUUGGAAUAGCUAAAAAGGGCUAAACUACGAAAAUAUGAUUUUUUGAGACACUUGGUACUGUAGAAUUUUGAAAUUUGUGUUAAUUUUAAAGUUUUAGGCGUCGGACAUGUUUCAUCGUAUAACAUGUCACUUUUGGCUUUUUUGAUGUAAAACGGCCUGAAAAUGGCUGAAAAUUGAACCUUUGUACAUUUGGAGUAUAUUUAAAAAAAUGUCUUACGAAAAUUUUUAUUAAUUUGAGCAAUUAUUUCAGCUGAGUUCACUAUUCUCAAGCAUAAUAUUGGUUGGAGUCAUCCUCAAGGUCGGAACUUAUCUAGAGACAUUGCCAAUGGUAAGUUUAUCACUUUUAAGGUAUUUAUAGUAAUGUGUAGUAAGAAAAAAAUUUUAGUUGCAAAAAAUUUCUGUACAAAGUAAGAAAUCGCAAGAACUUUCUUUACAAAACAAGAAAAGGCAAGAACUUUCUUUACAAAACAAAAAAUGGCAAGAACUUUCUUUUCAAAACGUAAAACUCAUUUCCUCCGUACAACACGUUGCCCGCAGCCUGCAGAAUCUAAAAUUUUGAUUUUAUGGUUGAGAAACGGCAAAAACUUUCUUUACAAACGCAGAAAUAGCAAGAACUUUCUUUACAGAACAAAAAAUGGCAAGAACUUUCUUUACAGAACAAAAAUGGCAAGAACAUUCUUUACAGUGCAAUUUACCUGAUCUAUUACCUAAUUUAAUACCUAAAAUUGCAGUGCGUCCUAUCAUCAAUCAUUAUUGUGGCAUUGACCGGUAUGUUUCGCAAGUUCUCGGAGCUAAAACGCCUCUGGCACUUGGCCAAAAUUGAUUUUUCGAUUUGGGUCGUGAGCUUCGUCGCAACCGCUACAUGGAGUGUGACGAUAGGGCUCGCAAUCUCGGUGGUCUAUGCCUUGGUGACAAUCGUAUUCAGAACACAAUGGCCAAGGUGGCACUACUUGGGCAAUUUGAAAGGAUCGACCGACUUUAGGGACGAGGAACGCUAUGACAAUACCACGAAAAUGGAUGUGAGUUGGGGGGUUUUGAUUUUAAAGUUAGAUGUUUUUGGGUUGGAAAGAAAGUUCUUGCUAUUUCUAUUUGAAAAAACUAAGAUUUUUGGGUUUUGCAGCCUGCGGGUGCCAUGUUAUACGAUAAAUGCCAUUUUUAAAAAUUUUUUGGCUUUGUUGACAAAGUUCUUGCUAUUUUUAAACGAGAAACCUUGAUAUUUGUGUUUCUGCAGGCUGCGGGUGACAUGUUAUACGAUGAAUUCUAUUUUUGUUUUGUAAACAAAGUUCUUGCCAUUUUUUCUUUUGUAAAGGAAGUUCUUGCCAUUUUUUGUUUUGUAAAGAAAGUUCUUGCUAUUUUUUUGUUUUGUAAACAAAGUUCUUGCCAUUUUUUGUUUUGUAAAGAAAGUUCUUGCCAUUUUUUGUUUUGUAAAGAAAGUUCUUGCCAUAAUUUGUUUUGUAAACAAAGUUCUUUCCAUUUUAUAUUCUGUAAAGAAACUUUUUGCAUUUUUGUAAUUUGUAAAGAAAGUUCUUGCUAUAUUUUAUUCACCAUUUUCAGGGAAUUUCGAUUUUCCGUUUCGACGCGCCAUUACUUUUCACCAACGUCGAACAUUUCAAAGCAACAAUAACCAAAGUGGCAACACGACUACCAAGACUAGAACAAACAGAAGAGUCAUAUACUCAAACGACGGUCGACUCGUUUCGACCGUUGGAAGUGAAAGUGGACGAUAUGAAGCCGAAAGCACGGCGCUACGCCGAACGAUUCUUGGUCGUCGACUGCUCCGGCUUUACUUUUGUCGACACGAUGGGAGCGAAUGCUAUGAAGGAGGUAAGGAUAGGAUGUUUUGUUUCAUUGCUUUGACUGUGGGUUGCGUUUUAAGGGCAGUCAGUAUAUUUUAUUUGUACUUUUAGCGAUUUUAGGGUUAGACAUGUUUCAUCGUAUAACAUGUCACUUUUUUGAUUAUAUGGACUUGAAAUGGGCCAAAAUGGGAAAAUAUGGGUUUCCGAGACACUUGGUACUAUAGGACUUUGAAUUUCGGGGUAUUUUGAUAAUUUUCGAUUUUUUGUGAUGGACAUGUUUCUUCGUAUAACAUGUCCCUUUUUUGAUUAUGUGGACUUGAAAUGGGCCAAAAUGGGAAGAUAUGGGUUUCUGAGACACUUGGUACUAUACAACUUUGAAUUUUGUGGUAUUUUAGUGAUGUUCGAUUUUUGUGGCAGACAUGUUUCAUCGUAUAACAUGUCACUUUUUUAUUAUAUCGAUAUCAAAAGAGCUGAAAACUAUAAAAAUUGAUUUUAAAAGUUUUUGGUACAAUACAAGACUAUUUUAAAAUUUAUUUUUGGUUAUUUUGCCUUUGGACAUGUUCCAUCGUAUAACAUGUCACUUUUUUGCUUAUAUGGGUCUCAAAUUGGCUAAAAUAGGAAGAUAUGUUUUUCUGAGGCACUUUGUACUAUAGAAAUUUGAAUAUAGUGUUAACUUGGUUAUUUUCUUGUUAGCCAUGUUUUAUCACUGAAAAAUUUUAAGCAUUUGAUAUUGUUAUCCAACUAUUACUGUUUUAGAUUCACCAAGAGCUUCAACAUCACCGAGUGCACGUAUUCUUUGCAGCCGCAAAAGCUCCAGUCCGAGAACUUUUUGAGAAGGCAGGAUACCAUAAAGUGGUACCAAAAACCAACUUCUUCCCGGCCAUAUCAGAUGCAGUUGUGACGGCCAGAAGAAUGACCUUCUUAAUGGAUUCACCGCCAUUGUCAAGUGUUACCGACUCGGCGAUGGGUGGCAGUCAGUCCAGUCGAACGGACUAG